GAUAAGAAAAAAGACAAAAAUAAUGAAAAAGAGGCAGAAGAUGGGGAAGAGAAGAGAGAGCCGAUCGGUUUCUUCAAAAUGUUUACCUAUUCUUCUGGUUUUGACAAAAUACUAAUGUUUAUGGGUAUAAUAUUCUCGCUGGCAAUGGGCUCAGGACUGCCGGCCAUUACGAUCUUCAUGGGAGAAAUGACUGAUACUUUUGUUGAGUACGAGUUAUACAAUCAGUUAUACAAAUGGAAAACCGGAGACUUUUACGAAAAGAAUCUGACACAUAUACCAGAGACCAACAAAACACAAUUCCUCGACACUAAUAUUAUAUUCAGAGGGUUUCCACUCAUGGAUUUGGAAGUGAUUCAGAUUCGGCUCAAAUUGUCAAACGAUUCAUUCGCCGAAGCACUCAAUCGGACCGUAUUUUUUCAUCACAAAGACUUUGAGGACGCUUUCAUAACCGAUGCCUACUUUUGGAGUUAUAUGAUGUUAGGCAUUGGCUUAGCUUUUCUACUCUGCGGUUAUGUAAUGGUCUCGACGUUCAGCACUGCGGCCAACAAUCAGACACAACGCAUACGGAUAUUAUUCUUCAGAUCUAUUCUUAGACAAGAUAUCAGUUGGUUUGACACAAAGACAUCGGGAGAUUUCGCCACCAAAGUGACCGCUGAUUUGGAUAAAAUUCAAGAGGGAGUCGGAGAUAAGGUGGCUCUCUGUAUAUUCUCAUUCUCGUCGGUCUUAUGUUCGUUGGGAACCGCUUUCUAUUACGGAUGGGAACUAACGUUAGUUAUACUGUCCGUCACACCAGUCCUCGUCAUUUCAUUCAGUAUUAUAGCAAAGAUUCAGGCGCGCUAUUCAACCACAGAAGCGGAUUCUUAUGGCAAAGCGGGUGCUGUGGCUGAAGAAGUGUUGGGAGCCAUUAGGACUGUCUAUGCAUUCGAUGGACAGCACAAAGAGAUCCUCAGAUACGACAAGAAUUUAGAGCCGGCGAAGAAAAGCGGAGUCCGGCGGACACUAUUCACUGGUCUAGGAAUGGGAAUAAUGUGGUUAUUUAUGUAUAGCAGUUAUGGUCUGGCCUUUUGGUAUGGCGUCAAACUGAUUGUGCGAUCGGUUGAGGAGAAUAUACAUACAUAUGAAGCGAGCACUUUGUUAAUAGUAUUCACAACAGUAAUGAUGGGCACAAUGAGCAUCGGUCAGACAACACCCUAUUUCGAGGCCUUUGCUCAGGCGAGAGGUGCGGCCGCUCUUAUAUUUGAAGUGAUUGAACGCAAACCAGAGAUUGACAGCAGUUCUGAAACCGGAGAUCGGAUUAAAGACCUGAAAGGAAAGGUAGAGAUAAGGAACGCACACUUCACUUACCCCGCGAGGACUGAUGUCCCGGUACUUAACGCCGAGAAUAUAAGACUGGGUUACAGUCGAGCCAAUCAACAGGACAUAGAGUCGGCCGCAGUCGACGCCAAUGCCUUUGAUUUCAUACAACGAUUGCCUCAAAAGUUUCAGACUCUGGUCGGCGAAAGAGGAUCGCAACUGUCCGGCGGUCAGAAGCAACGGAUAGCCAUCGCCAGAGCUUUAGUGAGAAAACCAAAAAUAUUACUUCUGGACGAAUCUACCAGUGCUUUGGAUACGCAAAGCGAGUCCAUAACUGUCGACUCAAAAAUAUUACUUCUGGACGAAUCUACCAGUGCUUUGGAUACGCAAAGCGAGUCCAUAGUUCAGGCGGCACUCGAUAGGGCCAGUAUUGGGAGAACCACUUUCAUUGUCGCUCACAGACUGUCGACCAUUAGAUAUGCGGAUAAGAUAUUUGUGAUAAACGGCGGUAAAGUGGAUGAAGUGGGCAGUCAUGCGGAACUCAUGGUUACCGAAGGCUUGUAUUAUAAUUUGGUUAAAAGACAACAACAAAAAGAAGACGAGAACGAGACGAUUGAGACCGAAGCGGAUGCGACGGUAGUGACCAACGGAGUCGUUAAGCCAGAGCUCAUCCGCGCCUUCAGUGUUGAGAGCCGUCGGAGUGAAGACAUAGAUCUGCGCCGGAAAUCAAGUGUUGCCAUCAAAGAGAAGAAGGAGUCGCCCUCAUUGGUCCGAUUGUUUGGUUUAUUAAAACCGGAUAAAUAUCUCAUAUUAUUGGGAAGUGUUAUGGCAUUCCUUAUGGGUCUUACAAUACCCGCCUUUUCGUUCAUUUUUGGCGAAAUCCUCGGAACACUAUCUCAGGGCUCAACCGAUAAGAUCCAGAAGGAUGUGCUCUUGUAUUCAAUGCUUUUUGUAGCGAUGGGUAUUAUCGCAGGAAUCGCAUCAUUCUUACAAAUUUAUAUGUUUGGUCUUUGCGCUGAACGGUUAACAAUGAGACUCAGAAAAGGGGUGUUCACAGCGAUGUUGAAACAAGAGGUCGCCUGGUUUGAUGAACGCGACAACAGUACGGGUGCUCUUUGUUCUAGAUUAUCAUCAGAUGCGUCCAGCGUUCAGGGCGCCGCCGGUUCCCGAUUAUCGACUCUCUGUCAGGCGGUGUCCACUUUGGGCGCCGGUGUUGUACUGGCGCUGUACUACAGCUGGAAGUUAGGACUCGUUAUAAUCUGUUUCAUACCUUUGGUGAUCGCUUCCACUUAUUUCCAAAUGAAAAUAAUUAGCGGACAAAUCACUAAAGAUAAAAAGUCACGCGAAGACGCCUCAUCGAUUGCUGUGGAAGCCAUCAGUAGUAUCCGAACGGUUGCAUCUCUUCAUCAGGAAAACGCUUUUAUAGAUAAUUAUAGCAAUGCUUUGGAAAAACAAUUUAAAAAGUCCAAAAUCCGGGCACAUCUCAAAGGCAUAACCUUUGGUAUCGCCCAAAGUAUGGGUAACUUUUCCUAUGCUAUCGCUCUUCUCUACGGCAGUAAACUUAUUGUCGAUCAGGAACUCAAUUACGGCGAUCUCUUUAAGAGUAUGCAAGCCGUCAUAUUAGGCACAGCAACGGUUGGCCAAGCAGUGGCAUUCGCAUCGGACUACCAAACGGGCAGAGUAGCUGCCGUUCAUAUAUUCAAACUGUUGGACAGAAUGCCUAAAAUACUGGUCAAUGCUUUAACGGGAGAUAAGCCGACAAAAUGCGAGGGAAACUUUAGAUUCAAUGAUUUGCAGUUUACUUACCCGACCCGACCUAAUGUGAAGGUAUUGCGAGGCCUUAGCUUUGAUGUGCAAAAGGGACAGACAGUAGCUCUGGUGGGCUCGAGUGGUUGCGGGAAGAGUACAAUCAUUCAACUCAUACAACGAUUCUAUGACACCGACGGCGGAGAAGUUAGUUUGGAUAACAAUAAUAUCGUAAAUCUGAAUAUUCCAUGGCUUCGACGAAAGUUGGGAAUUGUAUCCCAAGAGCCGGUGCUCUUUGGCUACAGUAUAGCCGAGAAUAUCGCGUACGGAGACAACGAUCGCAAAGUGGAGUUAAAUGAGAUCAUAAGGGCUUCAGAGAAGGCAAACAUUCACUCAUUUAUAAAGUCACUGCCAAUGGGUUACGACACACCCGUCGGCGAUAAAGGGACACAACUUAGUGGCGGUCAGAAGCAGAGGAUAGCCAUCGCCCGGGCGCUGAUCCGCGACCCGGAAAUACUACUACUAGACGAGGCCACCAGUGCUCUCGACGCCGAGAGCGAAAAGGUAGUACAGGACGCUCUGGACGAGGCCCGGGAGGGCAGGACCUGUAUUGUGAUCGCUCACAGACUGUCGACUAUACACAACGCCGACAAAAUAGUUGUCGUCAAUAAAGGAAAGGUUCAACUUAACAGACUGUCGACUAUACACAACGCCGACAAAAUAGUUGUCGUCAAUAAAGGAAAGGUUGUCGAAGAGGGCAGUCAUCACGAGUUGAUCGCCAAAAGAGGCGCUUAUUAUGACUUAUAUAACGUCCAAAGUUCUGUCCAUUAA